AUGUUCAGUGCUGUUGUGCUGGUGUUUGGCUGCCUGCUGCAGAGGAGUCCAGUGACCACAGAGGGGCAUCGUGGGACCAACCGCUAUGUCUUCUACGCAGUGGAGAUGGACGGAGGCACCAAAGCAGCCAGAGCUCUGGCCGAGCAGCACGGCCUGGAGUUUAUACAACGGAUUGGCAGUCUGGAGGGUCUGUUCACCCUGAGAGACAGCAGGGAGCGCCCUGACAGAGCCUCCUUUGAGAACACACUGGCAACCACAGAAAGGGUUCUCUGGGUACAGAGGCAGCACAGUCACUAUAGAGAAAAACGGGCCCCUGUGAUAAGACUGGACCAGAGUACCCUUCACAGUAAUAUUCCACCUCACUGGAGAGAAGGGGAAUCUGGGAGGCCUUUCACCAUUGGUUGGAGACCAGGGACUUCCUGAUGUCAGAGUUCAAGACAUGAGGAAAAAGAAAACACACAUCCUGAGGAGAAUAAGAGUGACCAGUCCCUCACCUUCAAUGACCCGCUCUGGCCCAUGCAGUGGGAACUGUUUGCACAGGGCCAGUACAACUCCAGUGGGCUCGAUCUAAACGUGAUGCCGGUUUGGAGAAACAACAUCACCGGUAAUGGAGUGGUGGUCACCAUCAUUGAUGACGGUAUCGAUCACACUAACAAGGACCUGAAGAAAAACUUUGAGGCCCUCGCCAGUUCUGACCUGUGUGCUUCACACGGUCUGUCUCACGAUCCCAUGCCUGUCAGAGAUGAGGAGAACAGUCACGGUACCCGGUGUGCUGGGGAAGUUGCCAUGGAGGCCAACAACUCCUACUGCGGUGUGGGCAUUGCCUUCAAUGCCAGGAUCGGAGGUAUCCGCUUGUUGUACGGCACUGUCACUGAUGCCAUGGAGGCCACAGCUUUGACCUUCAACACACACUUCAUCGACAUCUACGUCUGCAGUUGGGGCCCACGGGACGACGGGUCCUCGAUGGACGGGCCGCACACCCUGACGGAGCAAGCCCUUCGGCUAGGAGCUCACAAGGGCCGAGGUGGGAAGGGCAGCAUCUUUGUGUGGGCGUCAGGUAAUGGUGGAAUGCAGAAUGAUCAUUGCGGCGCAGAUGGUUAUGUUAACUCCAUCUACAACAUUGCCAUCGGCGCCGUCACUCAGACUGGGAAGCCCGCCUACUUCGGCGAGCCCUGCCCAGGGGUGAUGGCCGUCACGCUGACAGGGGCCAGCGUGGGAAGCCCACUACCUCUGAUCACUGUGACCAAUAUCGACAAUGGCUGCGUCAAACACUUUCCAGGAACAUCCAGCGCUGCUCCGAUCGCUGCAGGGAUUCUGGCUCUUGUCUUAGAGGUUAAUCCUGAGCUGACGUGGAGGGAUGUUCAGCAUCUGAUUGCCAAGACAGCCAAGAUCCCCGACCCCGAUGUGCCUGGGUGGAACAUCAACGCAGCAGGAUACCAUGUUCACCAUAGGUUUGGCUUUGGAGUGCUGGACGCGGGGCUGAUGGUGCAGCAGGCCGCACAUUUCAAGAGUGUCGCUCCACAGAGGAAGUGCACACAGGAAGUCACACCGUCUCCUGCCAGGGUCCUUUCUUCAGGAGGCGUGGUCAGCAUGAACAUCCAAUCAGAGGCCUGCCGUGGGACCGCUAACGAGAUCAACAGCCUGGAGAAGGUUCAGGUGAGGGUGAGCAUUAGCGCCGUGUGUCGAGGUGACCUCUCCAUAAGGUUGAAGUCUCCGGGCGGCACCAGAUCACUGCUGUUGGACAAGCGGCCCAACGACGAUUCCAAAGCUGGUUUUCAAAACUGGACCCUGAUGACGGUGCACAGCUGGGGGGAGCAGCCACAAGGCGUCUGGACCCUCCAGGUGACUGACCACAAAGGCACAGUGUGGGGCUGCUCCAGACCGCGUAAUGGAAAGACAGCGGGAGCCGUGCACAGUGUUACGCUCAUCCUCUACGGCACCCAUCACCCACAAGGGACCACGCAUGAGGGUCCCCUGCAGAGCAUUGUGUCCAUGGGCUCACGUCACCCUGUCCCUCACUGGGGGGUGCACAGGAGGGACAGUUACCCCCCUCUGGACCUGAUCGAAUGGGUCUACCGAAUGGAAAGAAACAGGAGGGUGCAGGCUGCUGAUAUCAUCACCUCAGUAAGACACAAGGCCAAUUACAGCCCUGGCAGAAGUGUGCCGCCGGACGACAGGUUGCUCUGUUUGUUGCUGCUCGACAUGUCCUUGCAGGGAUACACGGUCCUCGGGCCUGUAGAUGAGUUUUGA